AUGGCCUCAAAAUAUGUCGAUAACGCUGAGCCAAGACACAUCCAACGGUUUUCUGACGUUGCUGGAGAGCCCAAACGAAUGUUAGUGCCAAUCAAAGUCUAUGUGACCAAGGAUGUCGUCUCUCUCGAAGACGCUAUCAAGCCUCUAGUCUCGCUCGUGCCCGAUGUCAAGCAAAUGGUAUGGACAGUUCAACAGAACUGUGAUGAACCACAAGAUGGUUUGACGAGUGACGAGUGUGCUGCCAUUAUGCUCUAUACGAUGGAAUGGACACCGCGAGAGAACUCUUUCUUUCAUAUUCUCAACGCAGCCCUUCGUGACGCAAAACGAGAAAACUUAGUACCUUGGUAUCACUACUUGCGACUUGUUAUAGUCGCUCUCUCGAAACUGCGGCCAAUUGCUCGUCCUGUCUAUCGUGGAGUGAAAAUGGACUUGCAUUAUUUGUAUCCCAAAGGGAAGACAUUUGUUUGGUGGGGAUUCUCAUCGUGUACCACUGCUGUCGAGGUACUCCAAUCAGAACAAUUUCUCGGCAAGACAGGCGCAAGAACAAUGUUUCAUAUUGAAUGUCACUCCGGCAAAGACAUUCGUCAACAUUCAUUUUAUCCAACUGAAGACGAAAUUCUCCUUCUGGCUGCUCGACAAUUUCAAGUCACCGGGUGUUUGGACUCGGGCAACGGUCUUCACAUUAUUCAAUUAAAGGAGAUUGAACCACCAUUUCCUCUCAUUGAUUUUGUGCUAAAGGUGAGUGCAUCUGUUCCACAAGGCCCCCAAAAGUGGGAACGUGAUAGUAGUGUGUAA